GAUUGGCUCGCUAGAAAAAUAUGUUGCACCUUUCCAGACAUAGUUUUCAGGCCGUGGGUGGAGAUACUCCUCUGUGUUCUACGGAUAGUAAAUAGCUGAAGCUGGAAACCACGAUGAGAGAUGCUUCUGUGCUCCUCGGUGCAGGCCGCGCUGUUCGAGGAGGAGGAGCGCGGCCGCAAGAUGCAGGAGCGACUGGCCGCGGCGGAGAGGAGGAACCGGCAGCUGAAGGAGCGCGUUCGUAAGGUGAAGCGCUCCCUGGGGAACGCCCGCAAGGCCACGCGCAAGGCCGAGCAGGAGGCCCGGGACCUGCAGCGGAGGCUGGAGGCAGCGGAGCGGAGGGCGGGGCAUCACCUCAACGCCAUAACGCAGGAGGAGCCUCCGCCCGGGCGUUACGCGAGCACGACGAUACGCAAGAGGAUGCAACUUUAACUCAAUCCCCGCCCCCCAACCUGCCACCCACCUGGACUGAAAACUGGCCGUGGAGAGCGAGAGACUGCUGGGCGGUCUCCAUGUAAAGGGAAAAGAAGUAGCAGCUGUCACAUAUGAGUAAACACACUUUUAUUAAGUCAUAAUUGACGUAGUUUACUACACCUUCUCUCUUUUGUAUCCCUGAUUACUAUGUUAUCAGAUGGCCAGGAACGUAAAAACUAAAUUACGACAAAGGAAAAUCAUGUAUCGGCCCAUUUAUGCUGACGAAGAAUUAUAUUAAAGGGCCACUCCCCCUACAUGGUCAGAUGGAGUGCUACUCGGCCUGUAAAAAACAAUUGUAUAAUAUCUUUUGUGGCUUUUGUGGAGCUUUGACAAGCCUUAAAAGUUAUGUCAUAGGGGUUAUCUUGGUAUGGGUUUGAACAAAUUUGAACGGAAAUCCUCUCAACAGAAAAUGUUCCACAUUUGGGAUCAAGACAUUUGAAAGACAUCCAGGUAGGAGGAGGCGCUCGGCAACGCCGUAGAAUGACGUUGAUGCAAUUGGAUUAAAUCGCAACUUUAAAGUUGCAGUCCAAUGCACAAACGAAACAAUGAGCUGAAAGACGCUAAAAUAGGAUGUAGAGCUGAGUGGAACUGCCGAGUUUGGUGAUAAUUCUCACAAUAAGAAACCCGUACCACGACCGACACUAAUUUGACCCACUGUUAAUAAGAAAAUAUCGAUUACAGUAAGGAUUUGAAAGAUUUGUACUCGCAAUUUAAGUCUUUUAGGUUAAGCAGCUUUUUGCAUCCAAAAACAACCAAACUUAAAUUAACCGAAUACAAAUCUAAAAAUAUAAUUCCAUGUCAUCACAGCCUGGUGAAGCACUGAUAAGAAACAUUACAUUUCAUUUUAAAGAUCUUGUGAUUUAUCGACUUUUUACCUUUGAUCGACAUAAGUGGUGUAUCUGAGAAUGAGAAUACUGCAAUGUUGCAUGAGAAGGUCCAUUUAUCAUUUACUUAAUUUGAGCUUUUUAAAGUCGGAAACAUUGGCUUGUAUGUGGAUAUUUUUGUACGGUUGUUUUUCAUGCAUAUAAAAUCUUACUUGGGUGAACAUCGGUGUGAAAGUGGCAAUGUUUAAAGGGGACACUAUGAACAUCUGGGUCACCGGAGCACUAAACAAC